AUGCCUCCGUCCACAGUGCUGGCCACAGGCGCUGUUUGGACUUCGUCCGAGUCAUUGACCAUUCCAUCCACCGAUAUCUUGUCCUUUGUCUUCGCUAAUCUUGACCAAUAUGACAAUGACAAGCCGAUCUUCAUUGAUGCCGCCGAUCCUACCAACUCGAUUUCUGCUAGGCGAGCGUUUCAUGUCACCCGCCGGCUCAUCAAAGGCCUCAAGGACCUUGGCUUGCAAGAGGGGGACUGCGUGUGCGUGCAUGCAUUUAACAACAUCUGGUACCCCUUGAUUUGGCUGGCAAUAAUCGGAUCCGGCGCAUGCGUCUCUGGGACCAAUCCCGCCUGCAACGCCUCCGAACUUGUUCGGCACUUUAGGCUCACCAAGCCCAAAUUCAUCUUCGCCCAGGGCCACUGUAUCCAGGGAGUUAUGCAGGCCGCUUCAGCAUGCCACAUACCUGUCUCCAACAUCUUUGUCGUUGAUCUGCCAAAACAGACCCCUCCUGUAGAUGGCUGCCGUACUUGGUGGACUCUCCUCGUUAAUGGAGAGAAUGACUGGAGCGGGCCAUCUGACGACGACGACGACGCAUCUGUCAACGAGCGGAUUGCAGUGUAUUCCAUGACCAGUGGGACCACGGGACUUCCAAAGGCUGCCAUGAUUCCACAUCGUUCCAUCGUCACACAAAGUACGCUCUUGGAGCGUCAAUUCGAUGCCAGGUCUUAUGAGCCAUCACAACUCAUUUGUCUUCCUGUCUUCCACGCCUUUGCCCUACCCCUGGCCCUUGUCCUUCCUCUGCGUCUUGGCAUCCAGACCUAUUUUCUUCCCAGGUUCGUGCUGCAGGAUUUUCUGCAAGCCGUCGACACUCAUGAAAUCACUGACACACCACUUGUUCCCCCGAUCAUUGCGGCGUUGAACCAGCUCCCCCACGCGCAACGUCAUCUACUUCGGAGCCUUCGCUAUGUCAUCUGUGCUGGCGCGCCCAUGCCAGCAAGCGUACAGACCGAGGUGUACAAGGUCUUGUCCAAAUCGGCUGUGGUUGCUCAAUGCUGGGGUACAACUGAGGCUGGCUGGCACACCUUGUUCGACUGGAAUGUAAAGGAUACUUCUGGAAGCGUAGGACGCUUGUUACCCAAUGUCCAGAUGAGGUUGGUCGACGUCGGCGGAGUGAAUGUCGGACAGGAUGGGCAGCUCGGAGAAGCCUUGAUCAAAUCACCCACGCUGUUUACCGGUUAUCUUGGAAACCCCGACAAGACCCGGGAUGCUUUCGACUCGGACGGGUUCUAUCGCACCGGCGAUCGUGUCUCUGUUCUCGACGACAAAGUGUUCUAUGAGGGUAGGAUUAAAGAGGUCAUGAAAGUCAAGGGCUGGCAGGUCGCGCCGCAAGAACUCGAGACCGUGCUCAUGAAGCAUCCUCAAAUAUCAGAUGUUGCGGUUGUCGGCAUCACCCGCGAUGAUGGACUUGGACUCCCAGAGACAUUGCCAUGUGCAUACGUCGUGCGUGCUCCUGUCGCUUUUGCUGCCGAAUCGUCUGGGGAUGCAGUCGCUGGCGAGGUUGGAAGGAAUUCACCAUUGACUGCGAAGGCCGUUCAGCAACUUGUGGCGGCCAAGCUGAUUUCGUAUAAACGUCUUACGGGAGGCGUGGUCUUUGUCAAGCAAAUCCCCCGUUCGGCCACAGGGAAGAUCCUGCGCCAUCGCCUUUCCGAAAUGGAACUUGACGUACCAAAUGGAGUCGAAGCAGCACCAGCAGAUACCGAACAGUAUCCAGUUUAG